UGUUGAGGAGGCAGGGGAAGGGUUAACUCACUGCAGGGUGGGAGUGGGCCCCCAGCACGGGCCCUCGAUCCGCACUUCCUGGGGACUGCCCGCAGGCAAGCCUCCCGCCCACCUCUGAAGGUGCCGCCCGCCGGGCCAGCAGGAAGGGGUUAACACGCCCGGCGCUUCCUCCUGUGUCCUGUUACUGCUGAGGCAGACCUGCCCGGCCAGCUGAGCAACUUUCCUUCCGAGCGCUGCUUGCCGGCUGGGCAUCCAAGAGACCAACGGGCAAGAGGCAGAGCUGCAGCCAGUCCUGGGGACCCUGCCGCGCCCUUCCGAGGGGUCUGCGCCUCCUGGGAGAGGGUGGGUCUCCGGGACAAGGGUCUGUGGUGGAUGGCUCUGGGGUCGCUCCCGAAGCUGUGCCGUCCCCCCGCCGCGCAGGUCGGAGGGCCACUGCAGAGGCUGCUCGUGGUCCCGGGGCAGGGGCCAAGGGAGCCUGCACCAGAGACCCAUGUGGAACCCAAGGACGCAGCCGCCCUGCUGAGAGCACGGCGGCCCACCCUUGGAAACCGUGACCUCACGACGGUGGCCCUCGGCCCUCCACCUCCGGCUGGGGCGGGGGGCGCCCAUCUCCAAGUCCCCAGCCAUGACGACCUCAGCGCUGCGGCGCCAGGUGAAGAACAUUGUGCACAACUACUCAGAGGCGGAGAUCAAGGUGCGUGAGGCCACCAGCAAUGACCCCUGGGGCCCGCCCAGCUCGCUCAUGUCAGAGAUUGCCGACCUGACCUUCAACACAGUGGCCUUUGCUGAGGUCAUGGGCAUGCUGUGGCGGCGGCUCAAUGACAGCGGCAAGAACUGGAGGCACGUAUACAAGGCGCUAACGCUGCUGGACUACCUGCUCAAGACGGGCUCUGAGCGGGUGGCCCAUCAGUGCCGAGAGAACCUCUUCACCAUCCAGACACUGAAGGACUUCCAGUACAUCGACCGUGAUGGCAAAGACCAGGGCGUCAACGUGCGUGAGAAGGUCAAGCAGGUGAUGGCCCUGCUCAAAGAUGAGGAGCGCCUCCGGCAGGAGCGGACCCAUGCCCUCAAGACCAAGGAGCGCAUGGCGCUGGAGGGCAUGGCCAUGGGCAGCGGGCAGCUGGGCUUCAGCCGUCGUCAUGGCGAGGACUACGGUCACUCUAGGGGCUCCCCAUCCUCCUACAAUUCUUCCUCCUCAUCUCCCCGCUACACCUCAGACCUGGAGCAGGCCCGGCCCCAGACAUCAGGAGAAGAGGAGCUGCAGCUGCAGCUGGCCCUGGCCAUGAGCCGCGAGGAAGCUGAGAAGCCAGUCCCCCCAGCCUCCCUCAGGGACGAGGACCUGCAGCUGCAGCUGGCUCUUCGCCUGAGCCGGCAGGAGCACCAGAAGGAGGUGAGGUCCUGGAGGGGAGAUGAUUCCCCCAUGGCCAAUGGUGCUGGGGCCGCAGUCCACCGUCGGCAAGACAGAGAGCCUGAGAGGGAAGAGAGAAAGGAGGAGAAGCUGAAAACCAGCCAGUCCUCCAUCCUGGACUUGGCGGACAUCUUCACACCCACUCCUGCCCCACCCUCCACACACUGCUCCGCUGACCCAUGGGACAUCCCAGGUUUCAGGCCCAACACAGAGCCCAGUGGUUCCUCCUGGGGGCCUUCUGCAGAUCCCUGGUCUCCAGUCCCCUCAGGAAGCAUCCUGUCCCGAAGCCAGCCAUGGGACCUGCCCCCUACCCUCUCCUCCUCUGAACCCUGGGGCCGGACCCCAGUGCUGCCUGCUGGAGUCCCCACUACAGACCCCUGGACACAGAAUUCCUCCCCGCACAAACUCCCCAACACUGGGGCUGACCCUUGGGGGGCCUUGGUGGAAACCUCCAACACCCCUACUCUAGGUGGCACCUCAACCUUUGACCCAUUUGCCAAACCUCCAGUAUCCAUAGAGACCAAGGAGGGGCUGGAGGGUGCCCAGGCCCUGCCUUCUGGGAAGCCCAGCAGUCCUGUGGAGCUGGACCUGUUUGGAGACCCCAUCCCCAGUUCCAAGCAAAAUGGUACCAAGGAGCCAGAGGCCUUUGACCUGGGUGUAGUGGGGGAAGCCCUAACCCAGCCCAGCAAGGAGGCCCGAGCCCGAACGCCUGAGUCCUUCCUGGGCCCCUCAGCCUCCUCCUUGGUCAACCUGGACUCCUUAGUCAAGACACCCCAGGCCGCAAAGACCCGGAACCCCUUCCUGACAGGUAGAACACCCCCCGUUCCCUACUAG